AUGGGCUCUACUAACCAAGCACACGACCUAUUUCCAAACCAUAAUAACAUUCAGUUUACAGAUUGUCAUUCCAAGGAACAAGAUGCCUCUUCUAUCAUUGGUAAGAACGAUGCUGACCAAGCAUUAAGUAUAUCUGGCAGUAUAGAUACUGGGAUUUUGAAGAGCAUUAUUGAAGAACAAGGAUGGAAUGACGCUGGAUUAUAUAGAAGCUCAAUACAAAACCAAAGAUUUUUUCUGAUGGAUAAAUAUACUAAAAAGAAACAUAUUACUAUGCAGGAUAUGAUCUGUUCAGAAGAGGAGCGAAUCUAUCAGGAACCUAUUCAAGAUUUUGAAACAUAUAAUAGACGCGUUCAAAGAGAAUAUGAGCUCAGGGAAAGAAUGGAAGAAUUUUUCCGACAGAAUACUAAGAAUGGUUUACACAUUCUAAACGAAGAUUCAUUAAAUCAACAGUAUUCACCGCUAGGACCUACAAAUUAUACUCAGCCGCUCGAUGGGUACUCCAGAAUGAAACAUAUGACUUCAAGAUUUUUCAAAAAAAAUCUUAAUUUUUCCGGAGGAUUCAAAAGAAGACGUGGUAACCUCAAUACAGUCGACUACCUUAAGACCAACGGUUCUAUAUCGAGUUCUAGUACCGAUAUAAUCGAUAAUGCAAGCUACAGGAACAUUGCUAUAGAUGAGAACGUUGAUAUGGCACACAAAGAACAUGCUAUUGACGAACUAAAUGAGCAAGAGAUACCUGGGGAUGUAUCCCCCGCAGAAGGCGGGUCGCUACUGCAUGACAUCGAAAAAGUAUUCAAUAGAUCUAGAGCUACUCGGAAAUACCACAUUCAACGAAAAUUAAAAGUGCGGCAUAUACAAAUGCUUUCUAUCGGGGCAUGCUUUAGUGUCGGAUUGUUCCUAACCUCAGGAAAAGCCUUUUCUAUUGCUGGACCAUUUGGUACAUUACUCGGGUUUGGACUCACGGGGAGUAUCAUACUAGCGACGAUGUUAUCAUUUACAGAAUUAUCUACGCUCAUUCCUGUAUCCUCUGGUUUCUCAGGAUUAGCUUCCAGAUUUGUAGAGGAUGCUUUUGGGUUCGCAUUGGGUUGGACAUACUGGAUUUCUUGUAUGCUUGCCCUUCCUGCUCAAGUUUCAUCGAGUACAUUUUAUCUCAGCUAUUACAACAAUGUAAAUAUAUCAAAGGGAGUAACAGCGGGUUUUAUAACACUCUUUUCAGCGUUUAGUAUUGUUGUGAAUUUGCUGGACGUCAGCAUAAUGGGUGAAAUUGUGUACGUGGCGGGUAUCAGCAAGGUGAUAAUUGCGAUUUUGAUGGUCUUCGCAAUGGUGAUCUUGAAUGCCGGGCACGGAAAUGACAUUCAUGAGGGAGUUGGCUUCAGAUAUUGGGAUAGCUCUAAAUCUGUACGAAAUCUGACUUACGGAUUAUAUCGCCCGACAUUUGAUCUGGCAGAUGCCGGAGAGGGAAGCAGAAAAGGUAUUUCCGGGUCAAAAGGUCGGUUUUUAGCCACAGCUUCAGUAAUGCUUAUAUCUACAUUUGCAUUUAGUGGUGUCGAAAUGACAUUUUUGGCUAGUGGAGAAGCCAUAAAUCCGAGGAAAACAAUUCCCUCUGCCACAAAGAGAACAUUUUCCAUUGUAUUGAUAAUUUACGUGUUUUUGAUAUUUUCUGUUGGUAUAAAUAUAUACAGCGGGGAUCCAAGACUACUAUCAUAUUUCCCUGGCAUUUCCGAAAAGAGGUAUGAAGCUAUUGUAAAGGGCACUGGCAUGGACUGGCGACUCAGGACAAACUGUAGAGGCGGUAUUGAUUAUAGACAGGUUUCUGUAGGAACAGGUUACUCGAGUCCUUGGGUAGUUGCAUUGCAGAACUUUGGAUUAUGUACAUUUGCGUCCGCUUUCAACGCAAUAUUAAUCUUUUUCACUGCUACGGCAGGGAUAUCGUCGUUAUUCAGUUGUUCAAGAACAUUAUAUGCCAUGUCCGUACAACGAAAAGCACCGCCAAUUUUCGAAAUUUGCAGUAAGAGAGGCGUGCCUUAUGUGUCGGUGAUAUUCUCUUCGUUAUUUUCGGUCAUUGCUUACAUUGCAGUCAACCAAACCGCUAUUGAAAAUUUCGACGUCCUGGCCAAUAUUUCUAGCGCUAGUACGUCAAUUAUAUGGAUGGGAUUAAAUCUUUCCUUUUUAAGAUUCUAUUAUGCUCUAAAGCAAAGGAAGGAUAUAAUAUCAAGAAACGAUUCCUCGUAUCCUUACAAAUCUCCGUUUCAACCUUAUCUAGCCAUUUACGGACUUGUUGGUUGUUCGUUGUUUGUUAUUUUCAUGGGAUAUCCUAAUUUUAUACAUCAUUUUUGGAGUACCAAAGCCUUUUUUUCGGCAUAUGGAGGAUUGAUGUUUUUCUUUACCAGUUACACAACUUAUAAAAUCCUUGGAACCUCAAAGAUUCAAAGGCUGGAUCAGUUGGAUAUGGACAGUGGAAGGAGAGAAAUGGACAGGACGGAUUGGACCGAACACAGCCAAUAUUUGGGAACAUACAGUGAAAGAGCAAAGAAGCUCGUAACAUGGUUGAUCUAG